CUUUCCGUGGGUUGAGAAGGGACCUUUGCCUCCUGGAGUGAAUUUUAAGGAGGAGAUCUUUGCCUCCUGAAGUGAAUUCCGCUUGAAGUGACAUCCGUUUAGGAUGUAAACACACUCAACGACUAAGAUUUUGAAUAGAAUCCUGCAGUGACACGACAAUAUGUGCUAGAAGCCAAGACUCCGGCUUCCUUCCUCCUCGCUCUCGAAGUCUUUACACGACCUAGGCUAAGUCCCUCUCCCUGUGACUGUGUCUCAGGAAGGUGUAACAUCUUUGGAAAGUGUAUCAGGAAUGUAUAUGAAAAUAUAUUCGUAAAGUGUAUCGUUCGACCUGUUCUUUUUCAUAGAAGGUCUGUCUUUCUGUCUUACCUUCCUCCUCACUGGCUUGCCGAAGUCGAGAAGAAGAAGGAAAAGAAGAUUGCGAAAAGAGACAUCCCCACGAAGAAGGCAAGAAGGAAAACUCGAAAACACGAUAAAGAAAAACACGAUUAAAAAGGGAGAAAUCGAAUCAAGCGAUAAGGAAGUCUAUAAAGAGUAUAUCACAAGUGCCAUUGUUUUCCUUAUUUCUUCUCCUUGCUCAUCAUGGCGAAGCUUCUGAACAUUUUACUCCAGAGGUCUGACGAGUCCAUUCCUUGGGGCUUCAGGCUUCAAGGAGGAGCUGACUACAAGAAGCCCUUGACUGUCCAGAGGGUGACACCGGGAACGCUAGCCUCUCAGCACCUGGCACCGGGUGACACCAUCCUUAUGAUCGAGGGCCACGACGCAAGGACCCUAUGCCACUUUGACGCGUGUGACCUCGUCAAGGCAGCGGGGAACAAGGUCGAACUCACCGUCAGGAAGAGCCAGGGCGCGGAGGAAGCCACACCUGCUUUAACCUUGGCUAAACUUCCUUAG